GAGAAUCCUAUUGACAGUGUGUAUUAUGGUGGCAGUCUCAGUGGUUCUGACCAGUGCUGCCUGUACACAGGGUAAAUUACAUAUAAACUUCAAAACAAAAACUAAAGGGUGUAUGUACCAGGGUACAUUUCAUAAAAUGAAUACUGAGUGGAAUGUCAAAUGUGAAGACUGCAUGUGUUCAGAGAGUGGGUUAUACUGUUGCUCCAGUGCUUCUAUACCAUCUGGCUAUGACAAAGAGGCAUGUAACUUGAUGUUUGAUGAGGAAUCAUGUAAUUACAAAGUGACUCGAAAAGAUGACCCAUCCAUUUCAUGCGAGUACAAAUCAAUGAAAGGUUAA